AUCAGGUAGUCACGUGACACGACGCCCUAAGAAUUUAGGGUGUUCAGUUGUGAGUUUCACUACCAUACACGUUUGGUACAGUUCAAAGUAACAAGUAUUCGAUUGAGUUGGUUGGUCUGAUUAGACUGAGGAGAUACAUGGUUUCAGACUGUAGCCAGAAUCUGUGGUGCUUAUAUUCCCUCAACAGUAUCUACAGAUGCAAGACAGGGAAAUUAGAUUCUGCAGAAGGUCACCUUGCAGCCUUGUUGGAAUCUAUGUAGAAGCGAUCUGCUGUAAUAUCACCAUAAUGAUCCACUAAGAUGAGUGAACAAAAAGAACGCUCGGCUUUCCAGUCAUUUCUUGCCGCCUUUGACAUGAAGCAUGCUUCCCAGAAUGCCCAGCCCUCAGUUGGGUUGAUUUGUAAAGAUGGCGUUAACGUGAAAGAUCCAGUAUCUGGUGCAACUGCUAGUACUACAGCAUCACCCGAUAUACCAGGUGCCAAUGAAUGUGGAUCCACAUUAGUUCCUACAUCUCUAAUGAAAAGAGCAGUAAAGCGUAGACAUAGCUUAGAUGUUCAUCCACAUACAUCUGCUAGCCACCAGUAUGAAAGAAAGACAGCAAGUGUGGGCCCUGUUGUAGCUGUUGACAUAGCAAAAGUGAGAAAAUUAUUCUGUCAUGACACAUCCUCAUUAAAGGGUCAAACUAGAGGCACAAAGAUGAACAGUUUUGCGUCUUUUAUAAAGAAGACCAUUAAUAAAGUGGAUGCUGACAUUGAAAGUACAGACACUGAAAAUGCUGUCGCUUUGGAAGAUAAGAAUGAACUUGCCAAUGAUGAGGCUUCUGUUGACCCUGCCCAUAGAAUAAAUGGUAGUAUUGUAUCCAAUGUGGAUGACAGUGGUGACACUAAUAAACAUGUGAAUACAGUGAAUGAUGACUUUGGUAAACCUAUGCAGACUGAUUUAAACAAUGUUAAAUCCACUGAAAGCACAAGUCAUAAGACCAAAAAUGAUAUGGGAACAAACAAUGAAGUCAAAGAACAUACAAGCACCAUAUCUACUAAUAUGAAAGAAUCGGCAAAAAGUAUUGAUACUGAUCUUGAAAUAACCAGAAGUGAAGGUGCGGAACAGACAGUUGCCAUAUCUUCUGAUACAAACACUACAACUUCAACUGACCAUAGUGCAGAUAAUACUACUGAUAACAUUAAUAAUCAAAGUGAUGAACCAACAGAUAAACUGAGCACUGCCAGUGACAAUGCUCAAACAGGAGGUAGCUCUCCCAACACCCCUACUGACAAAAAUAACACAGAAGGUAAUAAACCAAGAGAUAAACUAGUUACAGUCAGUGUUAGUCCCAGUAUGGCUGAAAGGGUACCUAGUGUAACUAGCAUAUGUAGUGGUUCUAGCUCAUCGCUUGCACCAGAUGAAUCAGACUCUCUCACCAAGCCAAAGGAAAAAACACAACCAAAGAGAAAACCAAGUUUCAAGGCAACAGAAGCUGAAAAUAACACAAAAGACAAUGAUUCAGUUAGUAUAAAAGACACAUGGGACAUAUUUGAUAAUAUUGGCCGAAUUAAAUCUGAGCCAAUAGAUACAGGGUAUGAAAAUCAUGAUAAUUAUGUAAAGCAGCUUAUUCAUUCUAAGUCAAACUCAACUAGUAGUUCUCCAAUUAUACUAAACACCCCUCAAGCUCCCACCCAAGUUGUACAAGGUCAUCCAUCUGUUUUAAAUAUUCCUCAAUCUCACCAUCGGCCUCUAGCCAGUAAGCAAAGACCCCAAUGUCCUCCGAGACCCAGACUCUCCAAUACUAGGCAACCUGGUAAUUCUCUAUUACAGAGCAACUUCAUGCAGACCAGAUAUUCUGGACCACAGAGAUUUCACAUGUCACGCUUCCCUGUAAUGAAAAAUGUAAACCCCACACAACGUCCAGUCAUUGUUAAUCGUGCAUUGUAUACACAAAAUGUCCCACCUAGGCCUCCUAGUAAUGCACAGCCUCAUAGCAGAAUUCUAUUCCCCUUUGAGAAAUCCUGCUUUAUGAAUAACAAGGACAUCUAUGAGUUUAUGAAGGAGUUAGGCAUGUCUGAAUCUUUCUCUGAAUGUGUAUACAAUAAACCCCCAGAAAAGUACAACAUCAUGAUGCCCCCUGGUGGAUAUAAAUGUCAAGGCUGCCAAGAUAUCUUUGUUUUCCAGUCAAGUCUCUUUCAACACAUCCAGCGCAAGAGUCUUCAGAUCUCCUUCAAUUGCCCCCAUUGUCCCCCUCAGGCCAAAACUGGUAAAACCAAGGCAUUUGUGUUUUACAACAAGUGCAUGUUUCUCGCACAUCUGAAAAGUCACUUCAAUGGGACUAUUCCAAUGACACUGAUGGCAGUGUCCCAUCACCAAUGUAAGGAGGUCUUGAGGAAUGCAAUCAUCAACCCCCUCAGUAAGCAACUCCUACCAAAGUCUCAACAAACACUUGAUGAAAUAGCUGCACACAAUGCUGUAAAACCAAAAUUGAUUGAAGAUAAGACUGACUCGAGCCCAGAACAAGCUGAGAAAGGAGCCACUGAUAAGGUUAAGAACAUACAGAAGUUGCCUAUGCUUGAACCUCGACGAACAUCUACAGAAAUCCAGAUUCAAACUAUUGAGAAAGAACAGGUUAAAGAAGACUCUAAAGAUGAUGACAUCACUGUUGAUGAUGCUACAGAUGAUAAGUCUGAGAUUAAAUGUGGAAUCUGCAAGCAUCCAUGUAAUUCCAGUGAGGAACUAGCCAAACACAUGGGGUCUGAAAUAUCAGGGAAGAUCAACUUCGAUCUUCAGUGUUCAACAUGUGCACGAUUCAUGCCCACUGAAUGUGCUCUCAAAGCCCAUAAACACUUUCACAAGCCUCUUCAUGAUAAGAUCCUUUACUGUCCCGAGUGUGGUAUAUCUGUUCCUACCCACACCAUGCAAAACCAUGCCACUUAUUCCUGCUUUCACUAUGCCAGGAGGUUCCAGUUCAUCUGUCCCUUUGAUGAUUGCAAACUGAAAUGCUUUGAUAUUCAACCCAUGAAGGGACAUCUCUUAAACAAGCAUGCAGAGUGCUACUACAAAUGCACUGGAUGCCCAAUGGCUUUCAAGACUGUAGCAAGCUUCACAGCACAUCAACAAACACACGAGGACAAAGAAAAAGCAUUCCUCAAGUAUAUCUUCAAAUGUCCAUUUUGUGAUACUGUAUUCCAUGACCAGAAACAACUGUUUGUACAUGUAUUGAAUGUAGCCCAUCGCAAGCAAGUAUUCCUCAUCACCAGUAUUAUGUUCCGCUGCCCAGACUGCACCAAAUGGUUCCCCCAGAAACAAGAUCUGCGUGACCACUAUCAAACGACCCAUAAAGGUGGAGGGGCUCAAUAUAUUUGCGACUGCAAAACACGCUUUACUACCGAAUCUGCAAUGAUUGCCCAUAAACUAAAAUGCACUUUCAUUCCAUUAUCAAAGAAAGAUCCCAAAAAUCUCAACACAGAUAUUUGCCCAUUUUGUGAGGAGAUCAUUGAUUUGACCAAGAUUACCCUUAAAGAACAUGCAACAGAGAAACAUCCCACUAUUAGCUGUAUUGUGUGCUCCUCUGAUUUCUAUAGUACUAAGAAUUUCUACUAUCACGUCAUAGGUCACCAACAGGAGGCCAAAUAUGUCUGUCUCAGCUGUAACAAAAACAUAUUUAAAACACAAGAGGGUCUGGCUACCCAUGUUGCAACAUGCUCAAAGAUAAAUAAUUUCCUUAAGAUGGCUACAAUGCUGAGACCAAACAAAGUUCCGAAGAAUCUACGUAUGGCUGAGAAGGCAAAAUCUAAACUGACCUUUGUAAACACCGAAACAUCUCCGAAAUCUCAACCUAUAUUUCCCCAACCUUCCCCAAGUAAAGAACCUGUUAAGGAGGAUGACAAGGAUGGAGAAUCUCGCUCACCAAUAAAAAUAGUUCUGAAAGUGCCACUCCCCAGACCUCCCAAGCAUAAGUGUGAAGAGUGUGAUACCCCAUUCAAGCGAAAGCGUGAUCUCCAGCGCCACAUGAAGCGUGAACAUGGUAUCGUGCAGCAGUUUUCCUGCCAUUUAUGUGGGAUGGUGUAUGAGAAGGAAUAUAGUCUUCAGCGGCAUAUACAAGUUGUGCACGAGGGUCGAAAAAAUUUCUAUGCAUGUUGGGUAUGCAGGGAAAAACUUGGAAAAAACUCAUCGUUUGAAACUCGUGCUCUGUUAGAAAAACAUUUGGUAAAAGAUCACAAGUUACAUCAGUCUCAAAUUGACUGGUCCCGCAUCCCCGAAGAUGCAAAAGAUGGAGAUACAUCACUCAAUACUGAAGAAGAUAAAGGUGAAAAACGUAAAGUUGAUGACACUGAAGAUAACCACCCAGAUAAGAGUGAAAGUCCAAGUAAAGAAGAGCCGAGCGUUAAAAGACUAAGAACGAUCAGUGACACAAGAUACAGCUGUUGUAAGUGUGACUUCACUGCUGAUAGUAAAGUGUCCUUCCAUGAACACAUCCCCAAACACAAAACUGAAGAUGAGUCAAUACAAUGCCUGGAGUGUGGCAUGUGUUUCGUUAUAGAACCCUCCCUGAAGAGACAUCUAUUCAUUGUACACAAAGUACGGGAUUUCCAAGGAUAUUAUAAAGAAUCUGGAAUGAACUUAGAUGAAGAGAAAGAAAUUGUUGCCAAUGGAGAUAUAUACAAUGAUAUAUACAAAACAAUGAAUGCACCAGUUGUGAAAAAGCGUAAACAAGAAAAGACAGACAAAACAGAGACAGAGCAAAAAGACCCAAAUAUACUUGAAUGUACUGUAUGCUAUCGUGAAUAUGAAACUGAGACAGCCUUGAAGAAUCACAUGCGGAGUCAUGGAAUGGCAUUUAUUAGAUCAAAGAGGAGUAUUGCAAGUGAUAUAAAUAAGAAGGAGAAAGAAGAAGAGAAUAAGAGGCAGUUGGAAGCUAAAGAGGCUGCUAUGUUAGCCGCUAUUGACCUAGUUGUAGGAAAUGGUAAGACGCCAACUGAAAUGGCUCCAAAAAUUCCAAAAACAGAUUCUCCCCCUUUAACAGAAAUAACCCCAAUCCCAUCAACGUCUACAGAUUGUCUUGUGUCAUCUAAAGAAUCAGCAACCACAGUUGUGGCAUCACCAACAAUUUCUGAGAAAUCUCCUAUAAUUUCAGAGGAAACUCCAACAAUAUCUUAGAAAUGCUCAACAAAGUUAUAGGAAUACCCAUCCAUAACUAGGGAAUCCCCAAGAUCCCAAGUAAUCCUCUUUGCCUUAUACAGUAAUACCUGUCUAAGUGAAACACCUUUGGAACCUGUAAAAUUUGGGAGAUGUUCCACUUAAAGGGGUUCAUUUAACAUUAAGUUAGUUGGUCUCGGGACUCUGAAAAGUAUUCCUCUAACAGAGAUGUUCCACU